CUCUCAUGCCAAAACCGAUAAAAGCACAAAUUUCAAUCAAUGAAAUCUUCUUUACGAUUCAUGAAGUUAUCUACAUUUUGGACAUAACUUAUAGGUUUUAGGUUUUUAUUGCAUUUAAAAGGUUUGACAUGCCUUUCGUAGUUCAUUUUGCAUUUAAAUACGUUUUGAUUUUUGACAAGACUGGCCUUCUAUAUAAUAUGCAUAUUACCUCGUUCGUCAUACACCGUACAUUUUUGAUUAUCCAGUAAUUCCAUACAAAAAGGAUUAACAAUGAUUUUCUUCGGUCUGGUUAACUUUGACUAAGCUUUCAGGUUGUUUUGAGAAUAUGGUAAUUUUGCGGGAAAUUUAAUCAAAAUCUGAGAAAAUGUCUCGAAAGAAAGGUUUGAGUGUUGAAGAAAAAAGAACAAAAAUGAUGGAAUUUUUCUAUGAAAAGAAAGAAUUUUACCAGUUAAAAGAGUUAGAGAAACUAUGUCAGAAAGAGAAAGGAAUAACAUCCAUGUCUGUCAAGGAAAUAUUAAUGAGUUUAGUCUAUGAUGGAAUGGUGGACACAGAAAAAAUAGGAACUUCAGUUUAUUUCUGGGCUUUUCCUAGUAAAGCUAGUCAAAACAGAAGAACAAAGAUAGAAGAGUUGGAAAAACAAGUAAAAGAUUUAGAUACAAAGGAAAAGAAUUUAACAGAAAUGGUGGUCAAAGUGAAAUGUGGUAAAGAGGAUACGACAGAAAGACAGGAAAUUUUUGCUGAAUUGGUGAAGAAAGAGGAGCAAAAGAAGAAUUUAUUGACAAUGUUAGAAAAAUAUAGAGAAUGUGACCCAGAAGUCAUUGAACAAAUUAAACAGGAAACAGUCGUUGCUAAGGAUGCAGCCAAUAGGUGGACAGAUAAUAUAUUUUCAACCAAGUCAUGGAUUAAGAACAAGUUUAGUUUUGAUGACAGUGUUAUAGAUAAACAAUUUGGUUUACCAUCAGAAUUUGAUUAUGUAGAGUGAUUGUGACAAAAAAUAUCAUUUGUUUGUUGAGUUUGAUCAAAGUUUAUAUCAACUGUUUAUAUAGUUGUUUUGAAAGUUCACAGAAAUUAUGAAACAGUUUUUGUGUUAUGCUUCUGGUUUUGGUACCCUCAAGUAAUGGUACAGAAUCAAAUGAAUAAUUGGAGGUUUAAAUAUCAUCAGAUUAAGUGCUAUGUAAUUUGUAGAAACCUUGUGUUAAAUAAAAUUCAUUAUCAACUUAUGAAAGUGAAAACUCAUUGAAACUUCUACCCAUGUGUGUUACUGAGUUGUAAAUUUAAGUUUUAAUAUGCGCUAAAUAAACCAAUAACAUUAG